GGCCACUGUUCGUAUUACGUAACCUCUAAAGGUGGCUGGUGAAGAAGCAGAGGAACGAAGAGGCAGCGAGGACACUGAUGAGGCUCCGAGGGGCCGGGAACAUGAGAGAGGUGGUCCCCGAGCUGACAGACAUCAAGACUUCGCUCAAAACCAAGUCCUCUCUUAGCAGGACGCAGACUUGUAGACUUCUCUUUACUUGGAGGAUCAUGCAGAGAAUUCUUAUCGGAGUGUUUUUGCAGUUAUUUCAGCAGUUUACUGGAAUGAAUGUUAUCAUGUACUACUCCACGUCCAUAUUCAAGAGGAUAGGAGUGGCCAGCUACAUAUCGACAUCAGUGGUCGGGGCACUCAACUUUCUGACCACCAUUCUAUCCAUUGUCCUAGUCGACAAGGUUGGACGUAAGGCUCUACUGCUGCUAGGAGGCCUGGGAAUGAUUCUGUCAAUGACAGGGGCUGCCACAGUCUUACUGGUGUUCAGAGUGGAAGAGGAGGAAGGGGGAGGGAGUGUGGCGGGUUACGUGACUGUCACCCUCAUCUGUUUCUUUGUCUUCAACUUUGCAUACGGAUGGGGGCCAGUUGCAUGGGUGGUGACAAGUGAGAUAUACCCCCUGAAAAUCAGAGGUGUUGCAGUGUCCAUCACGACUGCUGCAAACUGGACAGGAAACUUUAUCAUUGCACUGGUCACUCCGAUCCUUCUGAACUCUGUACUCCGCACAUUUGGCACUUUCUACCUCCUCGCCGGUCUCCUGCUUCUGGCUACCCUCUUUGUCCUUCUCUGCCUACCAGAGACCAAGGGAGAGAGUCUGGAAAGGAUUGACAAACUCUUCUCAAAACCCUGGCUGGAAAGAAUUGAUCUAUUCUACUACUUGAGACUUGGGUGUCCGUGGGGAGUGAGAAGACGGCGCAGUUACAGUGUGACUAGUGGGAAUCAACUACAGGAGAGGGAUGGUGACAGGAGGGUUCUGCUGCAGGAAGAGAUGGGUCCAGAGAACGGAGCUGAACUGGAGACCGUAGAGGCCACGUUUGUCGUGGAGACACCCAGUCCCACUGGGUACUCUAUAUCUUCACUCAAUGAAUCCAACAACUGAACCAUAUUUUUUGUUAUAUUGUGUGUCAAUGUAUUUUAUCUGUCAUGAUGGAGCUUGUGUAACAGUUCCUUACACCAGUCAAGAAUGAUUACAGUAUGACCUCGCUAAUCAGAACACCUCGGGACCGGGUGGUGUUCAAAGUAGUGGAAAGAUGGAUGAAUUUCUGUGCAUGCGCAUUGCAAAGAGCACAAUAUUGGUAAACGGCAACAAAUUUUGCCAUGGGGUCUGAGAACCU